AUGGUGGAGCGGCAGAAACCUCCGUCGGAGCCCCCUCGUCCGUCCGCCACCCUCCAGCCUUCCUCAACUACUGCCGAUCCUCCGCCGCCGCCGCCGCCGCCGCCGCCGCCGGCUUUCGAUCCGAGCCGAAAAUCAAGGAUCAAGUUCAUCAUGAUGGCCUAUUUUCCAGUUUCACGUCAAGGACUAGCAGUUUUUGAGAAGCCAUCUUCCGAUCGUAUUCCUGGCUUUGUGUCGUUAUCGUAUCUCAGGUACUACUGCUCGGUACAAUCGGAAGAAAAGAAUGUUGAGCUGCCAGACAAAUCGUCGAAGAGAGUUAAAACUAGAAAAGCUCAUGCAAUGUCACAACUCAUCAAUAGAAGCAAGUGGUCGGACAAACUUGAAUCUUCUCUAUCACCUCUUGCUGCUUCUCUAUCCAAAACCAACGUUCUUAGAACUCUUCAGCUCAUCAAGAGUCCAGCAAGAGCACUCCUGUUCUUUAAAUGGAUACAAGGCAAAAUGGGUUUUGUCCAUGAUCAUCAGUCAUACUUUUUUAUGCUGGAAAUGUUAGGCCGUUGUAGAAAUCUCAAUGCAGCGCGUAAUUUCUUGUUUUCGAUUGAGAGAAUGUCUAAUGGAGCAGUUAAGCUCGAAGACAGAUACUUCAACAGCUUAAUUAGAAGCUAUGGUAAAGCUGGAUUGUUUCAGGAAUCUCUUAAGCUUUUCGAGAUGAUGAAAGAGAUUGGGAUAUCACCAUCAGUGGUUACGUUUAACAAUCUCUUCUCUGUUUUGCUUAAAAGGGGUCGAACCAAUAUGGUAAAGCAUGUUUAUGACGAAAUGCUUAAUACUUAUGGUGUUACACCUGAUACAUACACAUACAAUAUUUUGAUUAGGGGAUUCUGUAUGAACUCUAUGGUUGAUGAGGGGUUUCAUUUUUUCAAGGAGAUGUCGCAAUUUAACUGUGAACCAGAUGUGAUUACCUAUAAUACCUUGGUUGAUGGGUUGUGUAGGGCUGGGAAAGUCAAUAUUGCAAAAAAUGUGGUAAAGGGUAUGAGAACAAAGAGUGUGGACUUGAAACCUAAUGUUGUUACCUACACGACUUUGAUUAGAGGAUAUUGUAUGAAAGGGGAAAUGGAUGAUGCAUUAGCUAUAAUAGAAGAGAUGGUUAAUGGAGGUCUGAAACCAAAUAAGAUUACUUACAACACGCUUAUUAAAGGGCUUUGUGAAGCACAGAAGCUUGAUAAGAUUAAAGAGAUAUUGGAGGGGACAGUGGGGAAGGGGGACAGGGUAUUUAUCCCCGAUACAUGUACAUUCAACACAUUGAUGCACUCACAUUGCAACUCAGGAAAUCUGAAUGAAGCACUAAAUGUCUUUGAAAAGAUGUCAGAACUACAGGUUUCACCAGAUUCAGCUUCUUACAGUGUCUUGAUCCGCUCUUUGUGUCAAAAAGGUGAAUUUGAGAGGGCAGAGGUACUCUUCAAUGAGUUGUCAGAAAAGCAGAUUUUGGUAAGUGAUGCUGGGUGUGUCCCUCUAGUUGCAGCAUAUCAUCCAAUGUUUGUAUAUCUAUGUAAAAGCGGUAAAACUAACAAAGCUGAGGAAGUGUUCAGGCAGUUAAUGAAAAGAGGUAUGCAAGACCCUCCUUCUUACAAGACUUUAAUCAUGGGGCACUGUAGAGAAGGUACUUUUGAAGCUGGAUAUGAUCUAUUAGUGUUGAUGUUAAGGAGAGAUUUUGUUCCAGAUCAUGAGACCUACUUGUCCUUGAUAGAUGGUCUUUUAAGCAAGGAUAAUCCUCUUCUUGCCCACAAGAUUCUAGAGAAGAUGCUCAGAAGUUCGCAUCAUCCCAGGUCAUCUACUUUCCACGCGAUACUUACGGUACUUCUAAAAAAAGAGUGUGCUCAUGAGUCAGCCAGCUUGGUAAAAGUGAUGUUGGAGAAGCAUGUUAGACAAAAUAUCAAUCUAUCAACGCAAACUGUGAGGCUACUUUUUAGUCGUGGACUAGGACGUAAAGCAUUUGAAUUAGUCAAUCUGCUCUACCAGAAUGGUUAUGUGAUUGCAAUAGAAGAAUUAACCAGCUUCCUUUGCCAGAAAGGAAAAGUUGUAGAAGCAGGUGAAUUGUUGCUGUAUGGGCUGAGGAAAGAUUCAAGAAUAGAUAUUAACAUGUGCAGCAUAGUUAUGAAAGGCCUCUGUGAAAAGAGGCAAUUGUCUCAGGCAUUUACUUUAUUUUAUGAAUUGGUGGAGAGAGAAAGCUUCCAAAAUCUGGAUUGCUGUGGAGAACUGAGAACUGCUCUUGUGGCUGAUGGAAGACAUGCUGAAGCUAACUUUGUUGCCAAGAGGAUGCCAUCAAACUUGUGUGAUAGGCAUCAUCAAAAGAAAAGUCUUGAUAAAGGAGUUAGCGGCAGCCUACCAUGCAGAAUGCCUAUCAUAUUGUCAAGAACUCUUGGAUCUCCAGAGGAAAUGGGAUGAGCCAUACAUUGAUCUAAAACCUCCGGAGGAUGCAAGGAAAGAACCUACACGGCCCUCAAAACGGGUGAGGAAAUCUCGUUAGGUGUAGAGAUCGCCAUAUGAUUCGACGCCAAACACCAAUGUGUAGUUUCACGGGUAACAGAAUAGAGUUUACCGGAUGCCAUCUUUCCAUUUUGAUAGGGUAGUAUCACAUAACUAUGAAGUUUGACAGUUUGUAGUAUUACAAACGACAUAUCUAUGUCCGAAGUAGUCCUGUUUCAGCACAAGGAGAUUCCAUUAAGUGGUACCCAAAGCCUCUCUGUAUUUGCAGUUUGAUCCCUGCCCUUCUGAAAUUGAGAUUUUUCUUCCGUCCUUUAA